AUAAUUAAAGGUUAUUCCUCUCCUUCAUGUCAUCUACUGGCACUCCUCGAUACAUUAGAUCGUAAUACAUACUUUUCUAGUGCUUAUAGUCUUGCGGCUGCCAUUCCAUGAGACUUUGACUAGUCUGUGGCGAAUUGCUUGCAAGCGCUAUUUUGUGGAUAAACCUACGGUUUCCCCGACCUCGGGACGCCAGAGAAGUACAGAUUCCGAAUAGUCCAUAAAACGCGGUACUCACCACCAUUCUACAGGUUCACUUUUCCAUCUGCAUAACAUAGCAUUACCAUGCAUCGACUAGGAGGCGUCGGCCUUGCCGCUUUUGAUCGGCAACAGCUCUCGCAGAGAUCCUUUGCGGAACUCUCGUCUGAGCUCUCACAGGCCCAAGUUGACUUGCUACACGCCCAGCUUGAUCAAUUCCGUACCGCUCUCGUACGCUUUGCAUCCACCCACAGGGACUCUAUUCGACGCGAUCCGAAUUUCCGUCAUGCCUUCCAACAAAUGUGCGCCAAGAUUGGAGUCGAUCCCCUCGCUGGGCCUCGCAAGGGGGGCUGGUGGGCGGAGAUCCUCAACCUCGGCGACUGGCAAUACGAACUUGGUGUCCAGAUAGUUGACGUUUGUGUCAGCACAAGAGAGAGGAACGGAGGCUUGAUCGAGAUGGGUGAGCUUGUCAGACUCGUCAGUAAGCUUCGGGGCGUGGCUGGUGGUGUGAUCGCAGAGGACGACGUGAUCAGAAGCAUCAAGACUUUGAAACCUCUUGGUGCAGGUUACGAAGUCAUAGACGUUGGUAGUGGCAAGAAGAUGGUCCGAAGCGUACCGAUGCAGCUGGAUGAAGAUCAGGCCGUCGUCCUCGCUAUCGCUAACCAGGAAGGGGGUCGAGUCUCUGAACAGCUCCUCGUUUCCAGGAAGGCUUGGAUGCCAGAGCGUGCCAAGGCCGCUCUCGAGAAUAUGCUACUGCGAGACGGUCUUUGUUGGCUGGAUGAUCAGGAUGAGGUUAAUGGCGUUGCAUAUUGGGUACCGUCGGCGAUGCAUUGGGAUGAGUAAUCGAACCGACACGUUGGACGACCUUAAAGCCCAUUUACCAAGAUGCUGGCCUGUCACAGGUAUGCCCGAGCAAAUGCAAACUUCAAAUUGUUUCUCGGCUGGCACACCGUCGUACGUGGACAUACGCUGAUCAACCCAGGGUACUCCCCACCCAGGAUAUUUCAGGUCCACGAAUGCAGGAGCGAUCUAGUUACUUCGGCGUCACCUUGGCCUAUUUCUUGAUGGACGUGUUAUAGACGUCCUAGAAGUUGUUACGCCGUUGUUCCUGUUCCUGAUAGCUCGAUGGCGAUAAAGGACUCCGAUGAUGCGCGGCGAGGAGAUUCGUGGAGUGCGGUGCAAUCGCUAAGAAUCUCUAGCUAACUGGUUGUAUUGCGAGGUCGGCUACUUCUUUUAAUACCGCUGAAGCAGCGCAAGAUCCCAUACUUGCGUUAGAAAGUUCGGCUUUUGAGGCUGUUGCUUUUGACCGACAGCGAGCAUAUUCAUACAGUCUAUUGACACAUGCUACUAUAACUGGAUACAAUGUGAUGCU